AUGUAUAAUCAAAGUCAUUCGGGUCCUCCUGGUGUACAUGGUGGAGCGAAUUCGGGACAACCGGCUUAUAAUGGGACUUACGACUAUCAAAUGAUGCCAUAUUCAGUUCAACAACCGGUUUACUACCCGGUAUAUUCACAGCUUCCAUAUAACCAGGUAGAAGAAAAUAACGCGUUGGUUAAUAAAAGAAGAAUAAUUAAAAGAAGAACAAGAACUGGUUGCCUUACUUGUCGCAAAAGGAGAAUCAAAUGUGAUGAACGAAAGCCUUAUUGUUUUAAUUGUGAACGGUCUAAGAAGGUUUGCCUCGGGUAUGAAAAUUUAUCAAAACUGAGAAAGAAGAGUAAGCCCGAUUCAGAUUCUAAUUCCAAUGAUGAUGAUGAUGAAAAACAUUAA